AUGUGCUCCUCAUCUUCAGAGAGCAUCCAAUUACCAAAGCAAGUUGCUAUGCAUAUGAACCGAAAAAAAGUACACGAGGUUGAAUGCAUUUCUCAACAUGUCGCAUCUCUAUCAGCCACUGUCAGUAAGCGCCGAGGUGAGCCCGUCACUCAUAUUGUGGAUUUCGGGUCUGGGCAGAACUAUCUUGGACGAACGCUGGCCAGCUCGCCUUACUACAAGCAUGUCAUCGCAAUUGAGCGUAGACAUCAGUUCAUCAGUGGUGCCAAGAGCAUGGAUGUUCGAGCCAAGUUGGCAAAAGACCCCAAAGCUCAAUAUUCCCGCAAGGGAAAAAGUUCAUGCGAUGGCUGCACUGGAACUCCGGAAGUGACUGUCUCUGAAACGACGGGUGCCUCUCAACCAACGAUAGAGGGCUCGCAGGUUUCAGAUGCCCCCUUUGUCGAGAUGCUGGGCGAUAUGAGUGUUCAACCUGACGAGAUACUCGCAUCCACCACCAAAUGCCCACUACAAGAAAAGAUACCCAAGUCAGAAAUCCAUACCCGCGGUACUCUCAGCUAUGUUGAACAUGAAAUCCAAGAUGGCUACUUAGAGCCCAUUAUUGACCACGUUAUCCAUCCGUCUCCUGCUGGAGCUUCUGGUAGGAAAGACAAAGAAGAGAGCGAUGCUAGAUUGAUGGUCGUUUCCCUUCACUCUUGCGGAAACCUUACCCACCAUGGUCUACGAUCCCUGAUUCUAAACCCUUCGAUUGUGGCUGUCGCUAUGAUAGGCUGUUGCUACAAUCUUUUGACGGAACGCCUCGGUCCAGCUACACAUGGCCUUCCUAUCCUUCAAUCCUUCCAUCCUCGACUCAAAGAGACUGGCACAUCAUAUGAUCCGCAUGGGUUCCCCAUGUCGAAAUACUACGAGAAUUACCGAAGUCCCGGAGCAACAACAGGCAUGAAGCUUAACAUCACAGCCCGUGCGCUGGCAGUGCAAGCUCCAUACAAUUGGGGCGUCAAUGACAGUGAAUCAUCCUUUACCCGCCACUUCUUCCGUGCUCUUCUCCAGCGUAUUCUCGUUGAUCGAAAUAUUCUUGCUAAGCCCUGUGUGUCAGAAGACGCUUCCUCUGAUGGAGCUUACCUAGAAGCUAGAAAUAGCUCUAUUGCCAUGGGAAAAUUGCCUAAAGCUGCUUUUAAGUCUUUUACUACAUAUGUUCGUGCUGCGACGAUCAGGAUGAGUCGAGACCAGAUAUAUGGUUCCAAGGUGCAGGAGCAUAUUGCUGCCAUGACUGAUGAGGAGAUUCAAUGCUACGAGACUCAGUACUCCCACGCGAGGAAACAUAUGAGUGUUGUGUGGAGCUUGAUGGGAUUCAGUGCUCAGCUUGUCGAGGCUAUCAUUGUUGUAGAUCGGUGGCAAUUCCUUCGCGAACAGGACUUGGUCAAAGACUGCUGGGUCCAACCGGUGUUUGACUACAGUGAGAGUCCGCGUAAUUUGGCGGUCAUUGGACUCAAAAAGUAA